GUGAGAGUGAAUGUUUCAUUUCAGGGAGAUUCCAGUUCAGCGUCAGAGGAGCUGCAGGUUUGCGCCGAAGUCUCUCCCAUUCUCUCUGUGGGACCCUGGGUCUCCACCCAGCCGGCUUUCUCCCUCCAGCAUGGACAAACCAACUGGAACCAUCUUCUACCGGAAGAGACCCAGCAGGGGCCCGUGCCGUGUUGUGGAGUUGCCGUGUAAACAUUUUGCUGAUGAGGAGAAGUUGGUGCUGCUGGUGAAGUGGUCCCUGGAGAAGGGAAAUUAUACCUUCGUGUGCACCUUGUGCCCAGGUUGGGGGCUCCCCUGGCAGAAUAUCCGCCAACUCCUGCGACUGUCCGAUGAGGAGCUGAGGAUCUGUGAGAGCAAACUCGUGAUGAACGCUCAGAAACUAUUGACCCCCCUCAAUAAGUGCCCAGCAUGUUCCGGCCUGGUGCAGCGUGUGUCGGAGAAGGAGCUGAUGGUGACCUGCCCGUUGUGCCCGGGUUCUGGAGGGAAGGAUCACCGAUUCUGCUGGGAAUGCCUGCGUGAUUGGAAAGGGGUUCCGGGAGAUCGAUGUGGAUACGGAGAUUGCAGCAGCCUGCUGCUGCUGAGAUCGUGCUCGGUCAUCAACGCUCCGCAGAGCGCCGUUCACCAGUGUCCGACUGUUCGCAGCUGCCCGGAGUGUCACGCUCUCCUCAGCCACUGGGGGGGCUGUAACAACAUAGUGUGUCCUUCCUGUGGGUGUUGUUUCUGUUACCGCUGUCUUGCGAUCAGUUUCCAUCAUGGCACCUCGUGCAACGUUCAGCCCAACCCUUCCAUCCUGUGACAACACCUCCCCACAGCAUCCCCACCCCCCUACAAUUCAGGCCACUCGGCCCCAUCUCUCCAACCAGUACAACAUCCCACGCCACCCACCCACUACCGCACAGUCCCACUUGCCGUGCCCCCUCCCUCAGCGCUGUCCCUCCGACGGUGUCCGGUCCCUCAGUGCUAACCCUCUGACAGUGGGGCGCUCCCUCAGCACUGACCCUCUGACAGUGCCCGCUCCCUCAGCGCUGACCCUCCAGCAGUGCCUGCUCCCUCAGCGCUGACCCUCCAACAGUGCCCGAUCCCUCAGCGCUGACCCUCCAGCAGUGCCCGCUCCCUCAGCGCUGACCCUCCGACAGUGCCUGCUCCCUCAGCGCUGACCCUCUGACGGUGCCCGCUCCCUUAGCGCUGACCCUCCAACAGUGCCCGCUCCCUCAGCGCUGACCCUCUGACAGUGCCCGCUCCCUCAGCGCUGACCCUCUGACAGUGCCUGCUCCCUCAGCACUGACCCUCCGACAGUGGGGAGCUCCCUCAGCACUGACCCUCCGACAGUGCGGCGCUCCCUCAGCACUGACCCUCCGACAGUGCGGCGCUCCCUCAGCACUGACCCUCCGACAGUGCGGCGCUCCCUCAGCACUGACCCUCCGACAGUGCGGUGCUCCCUCAGCACUGACCCUCUGACAGUGCCCACUCCCUCAGCGCUGACCCUCCGACGGUGCGGUGCUCCCUCAGCACUGACCCUCCGACAGUGCGGCGCUCCCUCAGCACUGACCCUCUGACAGUGCCCACUCCCUCAGCACUGACCCUCUGACGGUGCGGCGCUCCCUCAGCACUGACCCUCCGACAGUGCCCGCUCCCUCUCCCUCAGCACUGACCCUCCGACAGUGCCCGCUCCCUCAGGGCUGACCCUCCGAUAAUGGGGCGCUCCUUUUAAACAAAAACAAAGUUGCUGGAAAAGCUUAGCAGGUCUGGCAGCACCUGUGGAGCAGAAAAUAGAGUUAGCGUUUUGGGUCCUUUUAAAUUAUUUCCCUCUUACUUUAAACGUAGGCCCCUCUGGACUAGGGAUAAGACCCUGUCUAUUCACCCUAUCCAUACCCCUCAUGAUGUUAUCAACCUCUAUAAGGUCCCCGUCAGCCUCUAACGCUCCGGGUACAAUAGCCCCAGUCUAUCCAGCCUCUCCCUGUAGCUCAAACCCUCCAACCCCGGCACAAUCCUUGUAAAUCUUUUCUGAAUCCUUUCCAGUUUCACAACAUCCUUCCUACAGCAGGGAGACCAGAACUUCUUAUAGAUCUAAACAUUGGCUGUUAUCUUUCACUUUCUGUCUCUAUCUCUUUCUCUCUCUGUCUCUUUCUCUCUUUCUCUCUCUGUCACUUUCUCUCUCUAUCUCUUUCUCUCUCUGUCUAUUUCUGUCUCUGUCUUUCUCUCUCUGUCUCUUUCUCUCUCUUUGUCUCUUUCUCUCUCUCUGUCUAUUUCUCACUCUGUGCAUUUUUGGGUUUAUCCUCACCUCCCAGACCAAGGACAGCUCCACAAUCCAUUAACCUUAUUGGAUAAAACUCGCUCCAUCUCACCCCUCCUCAACUCCUCGUGGUCUGUUUAUCUCAGUCUGCUUCCUGGGAUUGACAAACAAGGGGAGGCUGGAUUAAUUCGGACUAUAUUCACUGGAGUUUGGAGGAAUGAGGAGUUGAAGUGGUUUGGAUUCUAAUAGAAACCGAUAAAACCCUCGCAGGACUAGGCAGGUCAACACAGGAAGGAUGACCAGGGGUGUCCAGAACCCAGGAGGAGGUGGGAGUCCAGUCACAGUCAAAGGGAGACAGAGUUGGACUGAGAUGAGGAGAAAUGUCUCCACCCAGAGAUUUUGGAAUUUUCUGCUGCAGAAAGCAGAUGAGGCCAAAACAUUGAAUAUUUUGAAGAAGGAUUAGGGAUGGUGCUUGGACCUGAACGGAUGAAAGGAUACAGGGGGGAGAGGGGUAACAGGCUACUGAGUCAGAUAAUCAGUCAUCUUUGUAUUGGUUGGCAGAGCACGCUUGAAGGGCAGAAUGGCCUACUCCCACAUUUUAGCUCCUCUAUCCCUGCCCUGUCUACCCUGGGUUAAACACUCUGCCCUUCCCUGUUACUGCCAGGGAGCACCCUGCUCCUUUCUGAUGUGCUGCCCUGUUACUCUGCAUGUCGCACAGUCCAUGCUCUCCCAUACCGAAAGCCUCCUGUUUCACUUCCCUCUGCCUCCUCAUCACCCCCACCAAUUCCCUGCUUCCUUCCAGAGAGUUUGUCACUCGAACCUACUCACCACUCCAAACGAGACCCUCACCUGCCUUCCAGACAUUUACUCGUCUGCCCCAUCGUGAGAUACAGGAGCAGAAUGAGGACACUGCAUCUGCUUUGUCAUUCGAUCGUGGCUGAUAUGUUUCUCAAACCCAUCCUCCUGCCUCUCCCCGUCAUCCUUGAUGGUUUAAUUCUCAGUAUAUUCUCAUCUCCCACGCUCUGCAGCAGGUCGGACUACAGCCCAGGCCUCCUGGCUCACAGGCGUGGACACUAUCCUGGACAAAGCAGCUCCCGCUCGAUUGACACCACAUCCACAAACAUCCCACUCCCUCCGCCCACCGACGCUCAGUCGCAGCAGUGUGUACCAUCUACAGGAUGCUCUGCAGAGAUUCACCAAAGACCCUCAGGCAGCACCUUCCAAACCCACGACCCACUUCCAUCUAGAAGGACAAGGGCCAGCAGGUACAUGGGAACGUCACCUCCCGCAAGCUCCUCUCCGAGCCCCUCACCAUCCUGACCUGGAAAUAUAUUCCCGUUCCGUCAGUGUCGCUGGGUCAGAAUCCCUGGAAUUCCCUCCCUAAGGGGCACUGUGGGUCAACCCACAGCACAUGGGGACUGCAGCGGUUCAAGAAGGCAGCUCACCCCCACCUUCUCAAGGGGGGCAACUAGGGACGGGGGCAGUAAAUGCUGGGGCCAACCAGUGACUCCCACAUCCCAUGAAUGCAGUUUAAAAAGAUGUAGAUGUACACAGGGAGCAAGCAUCCUUGUGAAUAUUUCUCUGAAGGCUACGAUGUAGCUGCAGUGAAUUUUUAAGACGUUUAAUGGAAUGCUAGUGGAUAUGAGUGCAGGAGUAGUAAAAUCUUUGGUUCAGGAGUUUGUUUAAACUGUGCCCAAAAUACAGGGUGCAGUGUUCUCUUUUCUGAAGAAGGGCCCCGACCCAAAACAUCAACCUUCCUGCUCCUCUGAUGCUGCCUGGUCUGCUGUGUUCCUCCAGUUCCACGCUGGGUAUUCUCAACUUUACAGGAGUUUGUUUAAACUGUGCCUGGAGUACAGAGUGCAGGGUUGGUCUCUGAAACGGUGAGGGAACAGGACCCUGCGGUAGUCACAGAGCAAACAAACUCUCAAUUCCAACAGGCAUUUUUAUAAAGAGGUCUGUUAGAUGGCUGUGAGUGUGAGUUCAAUCUGCAAAAUAACGUCACUCAACGACAGUGUCAGGGGGAUCGCAAAUGGAAUGUCUAAAAAGUAAGAGGUACUUGGUUAGCACGGUUACCUCCCAGCACCAGGGACCCGGGGUCGAUCCCACCCUCAGGCGACUGUCUGUGUGGAGUUUUCACAUUCUCCCCGUGGCUGCAUGGGUUUCUUCCGGGGGCUCUAGUUUCCUCCCACAGUCCAAAGAUGUGCGGGUUAGGGUGGAUUGGCCGUGCUAAAUUGUCCCAUAGUGUCCAGGGAUG